CUCCCCAAAACCGUAUGGACGUUCCUGUGGAUCGGUGUCAGCGUCGUGGUCGCCUGGUAUAUGGGCUUCGGCGAGAACGGCAAGCCUAUCCGAUACAGGGUCCCCACGCCCAAGACGCCAGAAAAGGUCGAGAUCCUCGAGAAGCCCGCCAUCAAGGUCUCGGGCUCGACAGCGAUCCAAUGUUACGCGCCUGCAACGGGUCAGUUCCUCGGCCUCGUCAACCCGUCAACGCCGAAUGCCAUUGACCGGGCCAUUGAGCAGGCGCAAGAAGCGCAGACCGCGUGGGCUAAGACAUCGUUCCGUGACCGCCGUGCCGUCUUGCGUUCUAUUCUGCAGCACGUCCUCGACAACCAGGAGGAAAUCUGCCGCGUGGCCUGCCUAGACAGCGGCAAGACUAUGGUCGACGCGCAGCUCGGCGAGAUCCUUACCACCACCGAGAAGCUGAUGUGGACUAUCAAGUAUGGGGAACGGGCCCUGCGUCCGUCACGCCGGCCCACCAACUUGCUCAUGGCCUAUAAGCGCAACACGGUGCACUACGAGCCCCUGGGCGUCGUGGCUGCGCUGGUCAGCUGGAACUACCCCUUCCACAACCUCGUCGGCCCAGCUAUCAGUGCCCUGUUUGCUGGCAACGCCAUCGUGGCCAAGGUCUCGGAGCAAACGGCGUGGAGCUCCACGUACUUUACAAGCAUCAUGCGAGGUGCCUUGGUCGCCCACGGCCACUCGCCCGCACUUUUGCAAACUAUCGCUUGCUGGCCGCAGACGGCAGGCCAUCUCACCUCGCACCCGGCCAUCAGUCAUAUCACCUUCAUCGGCUCGCGCCCCGUCUGCCACAAGGUCGCCGCAUCGGCAGCCAAGGUUCUCACCCCUGUGCUCGCCGAGCUGGGCGGCAAGGACGUCUCCGUCGUCCUCGACUCGGUCAGCAAGCGUGACCUUGGCCGCGUCGUCGAGACGCUGCUGCGUGGCUCCUUCCAAGCCUCGGGCCAGAACUGCAUCGGCAUUGAACGAAUUGUUGCCCCGCCGGCGACGUACUCCAAGCUCAUCGCGCUGCUCGAACCGCGCGUGCGCGCUCUGCGGCUUGGCCCUACGGCCGACGUUGGCGCUAUGAUCUCGGACACGUCAUUUGCGCGCCUCGAGAACCUCGUUGACGAUGCCGUGAGGGACGGCGCCCGCCUGCUCGUCGGCGGCAAACGCUUCACGCACCUUCAGCACCCCAGCGGCCACUACUUUGCGCCGACGCUGCUUGUCGACGUGAAGUCUGACAUGGCUAUCGCCCAGGAGGAAUGCUUUGGUCCAAUUAUGGUGCUGAUAUGCGCCGAGUCCAGCACCGCCGACGCUGUCCUCUCCCUGGCCAACGCGCCGCUGUACGGGCUCGGCAGCUCUGUGUUUGGCUCCGAAUCGGAUCCCGCGCUCAAGCAGAUUGUCAAGGGGCUGAAGGCCGGCAUGGUGGCCAUCAAUGAUUUUGGCACCACGUAUGCUGUGCAGCUGCCGUUUGGCGGUGUCGGCGGGUCUGGAUAUGGCCGGUUUGCUGGCGAUGAAGGGCUGCAGGGUCUCUGCAACUUGAAAUCUGUGUGCGAGGAUCGGUUCGGCUGGCUAGGCAUCCGCACGGCCAUCCCGAGGCCAUUGCAGUACCCGGUCCCUGACCAGGAGACCAGCUGGCGGUUUGCCAAGGGCGUCGUCGAGGUCGGGUACGGCACCUCGAUCAGCAGGAAAAUCGAAGGGCUGCGAGGCAUCAUUAGGAACAGCUAG